AUGGAAUAUGAGGUAUCCAGGGUAAAGGAUCUUUUGAGGACAGCGUUCCCUGUUAGCAACCGGCCGGCUUCAGCUAAGACCAACGACCCUGUCCUCAUCAACGCUAUCCAGGAGCACAUGGAGGCAGACAAGCUACAGGCAACACGCAAACAUCUGGACAAGAUCCUCCAGCUGUGGGCAGCACUACAGGCCCAACAAGGCGUGAUGCUGGUUGGGCCCUCCGGAAGCGGGAAGACCACGACGUACCGCAUACUCGCAGAGGUCCUCAACAUCCUCAAUGAGAACAUCUACGCCACUCAGGAGACCCCCGACAUCUACCCCACCCCCAAGAUCUCCAAGUCCCGCCUUGUGGGAAGUCUUGAGAGGAGGAUGACCCAAGACGACAUGAGGAGGAAGACAUUGGAUGACUCGCCCGACAAGCCGCGCUCCACCAAGUCCAUCAAUCGGAUGGACCUGGCCUCACUUCCAGAGGCAAGUUUUCACCAAGAAGUUGACUACCCCCGUGUGGAUGGCGCAGUCCUGGUCCCCAAUGCCCACUCCCUUGAGGACCUGCUGGGGUUCUAUGACCCUGACGACCACUUCUGGAAGGACGGACUGCUGACGAACUUCCUGCGGAACGCCCUUCACACGGCUGAGGCGGCAAAGAAGAUGAUCCAAAACUUUCAGUCAAGUGACAGAAGGUCAAAAACCAACCUGAGCGAACCGACCACCGUGUACCAGUGGAUCAUCAUGGACGGGCGGUUUGACCCCCCGUGGUCCGAGUGCGUCGUGACACUGUUGGACCAGAACCGUGGGAUCCACCUCGCUAAUGGAGACACUAUCGCACUCGAGCCCACCACCUCCCUGCUCUUCGAGAUGUCUGAGCUGAAUGGGGCGUCGCCAUCUUUAGUCGGGAGGGCAGUUACAUUGUCUAAUCAUGUCUUAUUUGUCGACAUCAUUCGCAGGUCUGCCAUUGUGUACUUUGAGGAUGGUGAGCACAUCUGGAGGUCUACAGUCGAGUCCUGGUUCCUGAAUGCCUACAACCGCUGGACAGUCACGGCACAGACAGUCAAGGUGUGGACGGACUUGAUCAACGAUGUGUUCCCACAAACUAUUGAGUUCCUGUCGUCCAGUGCUGUCAGUGUUCUCGACGUUGACACCAGCUACUCCAGCAGGGCCAAGAGUCCCUGCUGUAAAGGUCUUCAAGAAGUGUCAUCCUUCCUGAGCAUCUUGUCGUCGCUCUUGAACAAGCACAUGGCGAGGGACACGACGGACGCAAACUCGGUACGGUCGCAGUCGCCACGGGAUGACACCCGAUCCCAGGCCAGCUGGACGUCAGCGGGGAGUCAGCGUAGGAUGAUCCGCCUUGAGGAUCUUUCUCCGUCUAACCAGGCGAUCGUUUCGCAGAGCAUGUUCGUGUUCGCGUACAUCUGGGGGUUCGGAGGUCACCUCCACGAGAGGCACACCGCGGCAUUCGACCUCUUUGCAAGGAAGGCACUCUCGCAAGCGAGCCAGCAGAUUCUGAUCCCGCCAAUAGGGAGCGUUUACGACUACUGCAUCGACACGAAAACCGGGACGCUAAUCCGGUGGCUGGACAGGCAGAACCCGGAACGGUCGCGUAUGAUGGUUUCCACAUACACUGUCCUCCCCGAGGUGGAACGGUACUCGUUCCUGAUCGACUUGCUUGCCACUUCCCAGCAGGCAGUGCUGCUAGCUGGUUUACCAGGUGUUGGGAAAACAGCCCUUAUGCAGAACUUGGUGCAACCCAAGCACAAUUUGACUCGCGUUCCCAUGUCUUCAGGCCUGAGACCCUCCCAGUUGCAAGAGGUGAUAGAGUUCAAGAUGGACAUGCUCACCAAACGUAACGUCACGGCCAGAACCAUCAGCAGCAAGGGGAAAAUGAGCAACCAACAAGUCUUCUUCAUCGAUGACAUCAACAUGGCAGCUAAUGACCACUGUGGUACACAGCCUUGUCUGGAGGUUCUACGACAGAUCAUGGCGCACGGGGGAGUUUACAACAUCGACAAGCACAGCUUCAAGCCUAUCAGUAAUGCUGCUUUUGUUGCUGCCUGUACUUCUCCUGCUGUUGCUGGCAUUGGGAACAGCGCAGCCUGUCACCAGAUGAGUCGCCGGCUGAUUCGGCUGUUCACCGUCAUUGCCUUCCACCCGCCAUCUCUGGACGGUGUGAAGAAGCUGUACACUGGAAUGCUGCAGUCCUGGCUGGAGGAAUUUCCUGUUUACAGUGUGGCACAUCACACUCGCAUGGCUAAUGCGAUCGUGUCUGCCUGCCACGACCUCUACCGACAGGUGUCGGCCCACCUGCCCCCCACCCCACAGAAGGCCCUGCACGUCUUCUCGCUCCACGACCUCUCCAGGGUCGUCCACGGCAUGCUGCUGCUCACCCCCAGGGUCAGGGGCAAGCCCCGCCCCGUCAGGACCAGGGCAAGUUCAAGGACGUGGAGUAUGGUGUCGGGGGAUACCUCAACUUCAGAAGGCACAGGAAAAUCGGUCAGCAUCUUCCCAGUGCCUCCCUCAGAGGAUGCCGGAGAUGGGAGGACCCCAAGGCGUGGCCUGAGCUGGGCCGGUAACCAUAGCGACACCCCGGUGGCCCCGCCCCUACAGAAGCUGGUGGUAAGGCUGUGGUGUCACGAGGCCAUCAGGACUUUUGCAGACAGACUUUUCUGGGAGGAAGAUGUGCAGUGGUUCCGAGAGGCUCUGUCGUCCACAGUGGAGAAACACUUCUGUACAGGGGAGGAGGGGUAUGACCCCUCACGACCUUUCGUUAUGCCUGCCAUUCCAGAGACACCUGCUGGUGGUCAGAAGAAGGCCGGAACUCCUCGCAAGUACCUGUCGCCUCCGCCGCGAGCCUUGUCCGCCGCGAGCAAGGAGAUUUCCGACAUCACAGGAGAGGGGGAGGAGGAGGGGGAGGGGGAGGAAGAAGAGGAAGAUGAGGACUUGGGCCGAGAGACGGAGCUCGGAACGCAGACAUCAGAACGAACAACAGAUGGUCAUGAAGGAUACGAAACCGCAGCCACGGAUUACGGGACCGACAUAACGACACCAGAAUCAAGGAUGACACGGGCAACUACGUAUACAGAGUAUUCAGAGUAUGAGACGGCCACCACCCCUGGUACCGAGGCCACCACGCCUGUUUCUGAGUUGGAAGAUGAUGAGGAUGAUGAUGAAGACAGAGAGACGGAUGCUGAGACUCUCAAGACAGAAGCUGAGGAUACCCUGGAUACAGAUGAUGAAGCCACUACCAUCAAAACUGGGUUUGAAGGGACGUCUGUCAUAGAGGAGGAUGAGGAAGAAAGUACAGCAAAGUCCCCAUCUGCUUGGAGCACCAAAUCUGACUCCCAAGAGAACACGGAUCUCACCACUACCGGGACGGGGGGAAAAGAAUCAGGCCUCCCCAGAACAAGUGGUACAACCCAGACCGAGGUCUCAACCACCACCAGUACAGGGGACAGUGCGCCCACCCCUCCAGUAGUGGACAAGCCCCAAAAGGGAAGAAAAUCAAAGUCACCCAGGAAGUCUACCUCUCCUGGUAAGACCGGGAAGAAGUCAACUUCUCCGGAAAGGAAGUCGGUAGCAAAGGAAGGGAAGACUCCUCAAGUGAGACCACCAGAAGGGGCCCUGAAGAGUCGAGAAGAGCAGAGACCAACAACAAAGGAGAAGGGAUCCCGACCUGGGGUCACUUUUAAACCAGGUCUGGUUGCUGACAGCUCUCAGGAGGACUACCUGGGUCCCCUAAUGUUUAGAAAUACAAACACAGUCUGGUUGCUGACAGCUCUCAUGAUCAGGAGGACUACCUGGGCCCCCUGGUGCCCCUGGAGUCUGGUUGCUGACAGUUCUCAGGAGGACUACCUGGGCCCCCUUGUGCCCCUGGAGUUAGUGCUGCCCCCUGGUGACGACAUCAUGAACAUCAUCUUCAGCAAGUUCAUCACUGGGACUGCCAGGACUGAUGGCAUAGAAGGUUACAUGGAGACUGGCUUGGAGCAGUUAUCCUCUGCUCUGGGCCGGUUCCUGUCCAACUACAAUGCCAAAACCACCCACAAGAUGGACAUGGUGUUCUUUAAACAGGCCAUCCACCACAUAGUCAGGCUUACCCGGGUCCUGGCAACAACUGGAGGACAUGCUCUGCUUAUUGGUACCAGUAACUUCACUGGAAGAGUCUCCACCGCCAAGUUGGCGACAUUCAUCGUCCGUGCCAAGUUUUUCCACGCCAUGCCAGCGAGUCCGUACAUUUAUCAGUUUUUGUUUGUAACUUCAGGUACCAGUAACUUUACUGGAAGGGUCUCUACAGCCAAGUUGGCGACAUUCAUCGUACGUGCAAAGUUCUUCCAUGCCAUGCCAGCGAGGGAUCGGGCAGACAACCAGUCCAACCUGCACAAAGUGCUAAAGGAGGCGUUCUUUGUGUCAGGAGUCCAGGGGAGGGAAGGGGUGCUGCUGGUGGGGGAGGAGAUGGGCACAGAGUGUCUACAGGACGUCUGUUCCCUGAUGACAGAAGGGACAUGUCCAGGUCUGUACGACGAUGAAGAGCUCAUGACCAUAGCCAACCAGAUCAUGCAGGGCACUGUCCCGGGCAAGCACAGCGACAAGUUUGAACUGGCGCUGGAGAGGUACCACAAACGCAUCCGGACCAACCUGCACGUGGUGGUGACCAUGGAUCUCACUGGCCCCAUCCCCCUGCACCACCGCCUGAGACAGUUCCCCACCCUGCUGCUUCGCUCCAGCUGUGUGGACAUGUACAGCAGGUGGACAUUUGAAGCUAGGGUCAACUGUGCCAUGAACUGGAUUGCUCAGGACAGCUCAAAGAGGUCUGACAUCCUAUGGGAGAUGCUUGGCUCCACCACGAGCCUCACAUCCGUCGCCCACGCCAUGGCAUAUAUCCACCGCUCCGCGCAGGCCGCCCUGCAGCGCUGUUUCCAUGACAACCACCAGCUCCGCAGGCUGUUCACCCCGCUGACCUACAUGGAGUUCAUCGACCUUUUCAAGAGCAUCACAGCCAAACUCAGCAGGGAGGAAAAGGCCAGCAUAGCAAAAUACGAAGGGUGUCUGAGUAAAGUGCAGGAGGCCCAGACCACCAUAGCCAGUCAGCAGGCUGAAGUGGAGGAGUUGUUACCCCGGCUGGAUGAGGCCAGAGAGAUCACUCAGGAGUGGGUCUACAAAGUGGAGGAGGGGAGGGCUUCAUACUCUAAGGCCCUUCAGCAGUGUAAGGAGGAGGAGGACAGGAUCGAGGCGAUGCAGGGACCCGUGGAGAAACUCAGGCAGGCUGCACAGGCUGAGUUUGAUAAGGUGAACCCAGCGUACACAGCAGCUGUGUUAGCCCUCCGGUCGCUGUCCCACUCAGAUCUGGAUGAGAUCAAGAGUUACCGAGUCCCCCCGCCUGGAGUUGUGCUGGUCGUCAACGCUCUCUGCAUCAUCUUUGGUGUGGAACUUGAUUGGGAGCUCGGACAUCAACUGAUAUCUCGAGGAAACUUCUUCGAGGAGCUUGAAUUCUACGACAAGAACAACAUGCCCGAGACAGUCUUCCAGAAGUUGAAGAUCUUCGUCAGAGAUCCACACUUUGAUCCACGUGUGAUCAAGGGAUCCAGCAAGGCUGCGAAGUCCAUCUGCAUGUGGGUGCAUGCAGUGUUCCAGUAUGCGGCCAUACACAGGGACAUCAAGCCUAAGCUGGAGAAACUGGCAGAGGCAGAGAAAGAGAUGAAUGAGGCCCAGGCAGCCCUUGGCUCAAAGCGCGUGCAUGCCGAAGAGGAGAAGAACAACCUGGAGUCCACCAUCAGGUCCCACACAGACAGUGUCAGGCACUCCAAGAGCAUCGAGAAACAGAUUAAGGUGCUAAAGGACAAGAAAUCCAAGUGUCAGAACGUUCUGACUAACAUGGAAGCUCCCAUCUACAUCUGGAAGGUUCAGCUGAGGAAGGCACAGAAAAGACUGUCAACUGCUCCAGGUGACUCCCUGAUCACUGCAGCUUGUGUGUGCUACCUGGGGCCGUUCGACAGCGUCACCAGGCAGACCCUGCUGCUUGACUGGCUGCACCACUGUCGCACAGGGGAGAAGAUCAAGAGCUACAAGAAACAGAUGAUGGUUCCGUCUUCUGUGACCCCGAGUGAAGACAGAGGCAAGAAUCUCACAAGGAACAGCAGGAGGAGUGCUAGACGGGAGGUGAUAUCUGAGGAACAGACUGUGUCAGCAAACAUCGCUGUACGUGACAACUUCACCCUCCAGUCCACCCUGAGCACCACGACAGAGCAGGUCAUGUGGAGGCAGAUGGGGAUGCCGACCAACCUGACGGCCAUACAGAACGCCCUCGUGAUGCGCUCCUGUUGGCAGAACCGGAAGCGCUGCUGGCCGCUGCUGGUGGACCCCGACGGGCAGGCCGAGACCUGGGUACGAGUUCUGCAGGAGACCACAACAUCCUGGGAAGGAGAGCACCAGGCUGGAGAGUCGGCUAAAGAUGGUUCCAGACCCAGCAGUACGGCUACCCAGCACACGAGGGACCCGUCUCUCCCCGACAGCAGGGACAAAACCCGGCCGAGCUCCACCUUGCAGCUGGAAGACGGUACUGCAGGCUUCGGAGACAGCCGAUCGACCACCCCAUUGGCCGACAGGGACACGCCCUCUUCCCAGCGUACCCCAGACUUCCAGCUGGACCUGAGCAUGUACAUGGACCGUCCCAUUUCUCCUCCAGAGGGGGGUGUGGAGGUUGUCUCCGCGGACGACCCAUUCCUGGAUACCAGCCUGAUCCGUGCGUUCGUAACCGGAUACUGUAUCCUGGUCACGCAUGUAGAGAGAACUGGUAUCACCAGUCCUGUUCUGAGGAAACUCUUGGACAGGGCGACGUUAGAGAGCAACAAAGCCGUGAAAAUUUCAGACCAAGACAUCCCUGUUCACCCUGGCUUCUGUCUGUAUCUCAGUAUCUCCUCCCCCUUGUAUCUUAAAGGAGCCGGUAUGGCAGAUCUUCCGAUGUACAAGACUGCUGUGAUUGACCUAUCGGUCAGUCAAGCAGGCGUGGUCAAACUCUUACUAAAGGAGACGCUAAAACUAGAAAAGCCGGAAUACGAAGGGCAGCGUCGUUCGCUCCAAGCAGACCUGAUUCAGUCCGAGAAAGAUCUUCAAGAGGAGAAAGACAACAUGAUGCAGAAAGUCUUGGGGCUUCAGACCCCAAUUCUGGAAGACUCGACGAUGUUGGACGCUCUACAGUCCUUUCAGGAACGCACGCUGGAGAUCGAUGCUACAAUCGCAGAGACUCAGUCCCUUCAGGCACAGGUUGGAGAGAAGAAGCGCGACUACCAACCUGUCGCGUCUCACGGUGCCAUUUUGUACGAAGCUGUCCGUAGGAUUGCUCAGAUCCAUCCGAUGUACCACUACCCGCUCACGAACUUCAUCCAGAUGUUUGUCGACUCUGUCAAGUCACGCCAGCGGGGGAAAGGUGUCGGGAAUGUUGGGGCGAUCAAGGCACGGGUGAUCGAGCUUAACGACUGUGUCACGCGUGUCGCAUACUCUCGGCUGGAAAAAAGCAUGUUCUCCCAGCAUGCCUUGCUCUUCGCGCUCCUCAUUGUUGUGGACAAGAUGAAGGAAGCUGGAGAAAUGACAGAGGAGGAGUGGGCCGUGUUCGCCAACGGGAUUGAGGGAAUAAAUGAUCUACAAAAGGACGACAAGACCUCUGACUCAAACGGCGCCGACAACAGCCUCACAAAGCCAGAUUGGCUGUCGUUCGAAACAUGGGUCCAGUGCGCCCUGUUGGAGAGCUUGCCGUGUUUCCGAGGGUUGAGAGAGUCCCUGUCCCACCACAGUCGGCACUGGAAUGAAUACUUCAGCUGCCCGCCCAUCCUGCUCAACCCAGUGACUGGCCCGACACUGCUGAACUUGACCCUGAUACAGAAGGCCAUCCUCUGGAGAAUCGUCAAACCUGAACAGAUGUUAGGGAUAUGUGAGUCGCUGGUGCUGUACAAACUAGGACAUGUGGUGAGGCGUCCUGAUGCCAGGAGUUUGGAGGAAGCCUUUGUAGCUUCAGAACAUCACACGCCCAUCGUUCUACUCCUGCCCGCUUCUGCUGAUGCUCCUGAUUCAUACAACAGCUGUAAAGGUUAUGCUUCCAUGGAUCCGUUUUGGGAAAUCAAGAAGCUUGCAAAGGCUCAUGGUAUGCACGGGAAGGUGCAGCAAGUGAUGCUGGGAUUGCCGGAGGAGAUGGACGGGGCAGCGGCGGUGGUAGAGCGAGGGAUGGCGAAGGGACACUGGGUGGUCUUCAACAACUGUCAGAUGGCUGAAGGGUGGAGUCAAGAUGUGCUGGAACUUGUGAAGUGUGGAAAGUGUGGAAACUGUGGUGGAAAGGGGGUAACAAAGGGACACUGGGUCGUCUUCAACAACUGUCAAAUGGCUUAG